GCAUUUGCUGACCAGGCUGUGCGAUGACAGAUCCCAUGUGAAGACGCCGUCGAGUCAAAUGCGUUCAUCAUCAAUGAUCUUGCCUGGAUGCUUGCCUUCGAUAUGGCAACAUGCACCCUGUCAAACCAUCAUGACUGCGAAUCGACAUCUCGCUCGGAUGCAGAUGGCGCGAUAUGUAAUUGUAUUUUUCGAGCUGCAGGUUCAUUCAUUGUGCGAGCAUGAUCCUACACGCGGCAUCCGCUGCGCCCGCUGCGCCCGCUGUGCCCGCUGUGUCCGCUGUGUCCGCUGUGUCGAUGCAUGUAUAUCUCCAGGUCUGACUUACUGGAGACAUGGCCGGCGAUCAUGAUCAGGUUCAUAUGGCGACUCACGAUUUCCUUGGGGCAGCUGCUCCGUCAUAGUCGAGAAUGGCCAUCUUGGAAUUGCGCCAUCAGUCCGGCGAGAGUUCUCAACAAUUCUCGGAAGCGCUCGCUUUGGUCGCGGCUCCGGAGACUCGUUACGCGCGUAAGCCUCGUCGAAUUGGCUUGUUUUCGACUUUCCCCAGAGAUGAGGCUCUGCGAUAGCUUGCAAGCCAUCUUUUGUGACUUUGUAUGUACCUCGGAAGCAAGCGACUUUAUUCUCAUGAAUUCUGCAACGGGCGUUCUUGCGAAUGCGAGAACGGCGAGCUGUCGUUCCUCGGCGCGAUCCGCCGAAACCAUGAACUGCCACGCGAAUAUUCACCAAAGUAUCUAUGGAUGCCUUUACUCUUGAUUUGCCAAACUUCGCUUUCGUUCGCGGACACAACCACGGCCGUAUCGAUGUUACUCAUCCGCUU